UUAAAGUUUUGCGCGUUUUUAUUUUUGAAAAAAAAUAUAUCAUUUUGUUAAUUUGUGGUUGCAUUAUAAUUUUAAUAGUUACGGCUGAUUAGUAAGUUAAAAUGUUUUUUGAAAAGUAUUAGUUACAUAAUUUGUGCUGUUUACACUUAGACUGUGGUGUAGGUGUUAUUUGAGGUUAUGUUUAAAUUUAUAUAUUUUUCCGAAAAAUGCGACUGUUCUUUGACAAGGCCUCCACUCUUUUAAUAUAAGACAUUUAUAUGUUUCUAUUUCCUCGUGAUAAUACCUAAAUAAAUACAUGAAGAGUUAUUUUUAGCUCUAAAUCGUGAUAGUUCCCGGAAAAUCUUAUAAUUAUGUAUUCUAUACAUCUACAUAUGUUCUUCUCUGUGGCACUCCUCCUGUGAUAUAUCUCAGUUUAAUACUACCUGCAUUAUAAAAUAAGGUGAAGGUAGAGUUUUACAGUUAUGUGCAUAAAGUCUUGAGGCAACAGACCACUAGAAGAGAAGUGGGCAAUUAACCACUUGUAUGACGAAAUCAGAGCUCAUAAAUUAAAAUGCGUGUAGAAUAAAGAAGCGUACCUUGGACAUGAUGCUUCAUCAAUCGUGGUCACAAAGUUUACUAUGUAAAUGAGGGUACCAGCGAGUCCUUAAAUAACCUAGGCUCACGAGGGUAAGAGAAAAAGGCAAUUCUGCAGAUGAGCGGCUUCCAAGAAGUAAGGCAAAUAAUUUCAUUGAAAGAGUUUUCAAAGUGUGGUGGUUGGUCAGAAGCAAUGAUGCAUGUCAUCUGUAAAAAAUUCUGGAACUGAAGAUACUUCUGUUCCAAUCUUGCUAAGAUCAUUGGGAAAUGAUCUUACAAACCAUGGAGUCCCAAAAUCUGUCUCAGUUAGUUCAGACCGAAGAAUUUCUUCCAAAGUGUGCAGCAUUGGCUGAAAACAUUGAUGUCAAAAAAUGUAGUUCAUUUGAAUUAAAUCCUUAUUUCAGUGUGGGAAGUCUGCACAGUGACUUUUUAGACAUUGCAGAGAUGGUGACUGUAUCAGAUAGUGCAGUUACCAAAUGUGGUAUAAUUAACGUUACUGAGUGUGUUCCCGAAAUUGAAACGUGUAGUGAUAUUUAUUCAAACGGUAGGGAUUUAUCUGUCGAGGAAACAUACUUCAAACAAAGUCCUUGUGCAGAUGAUGUGCCUUUUGAGGUGUCCAGGCCUCAAGAAGUAUUUCCUACAGCUGCAAAUAAUCCAUGUGAAUACACUUCGACAAGUGUCAAUGAAAGUCCACCAGUUUUGAAAUCCAUGGACGUUAGUUAUUUAGCAUGCUCGGCGACAAGUGAUGUUUUUAUAGAUGCAAAAUGUUUUUGUGGUAUUUGCAAUGAUUGUUGCAAGAUGAUUAAGUCAGCUGUUUUUCAAAGUAAAGAAUUCUCUAACUUUUGUGAUUUCCCCACAGAAAUUGCACACGUCGUGGAAAUAAGCACAAGUGUUGAUCAUAACUGUGAUAACAAAAUUUUGGAGUUCAAUAGGGGAAGCAUCAACACUCUUCAAGCACAUGAGGCGACCAGAAGUUCGGUUUCUGUGCAAGUACGUGACUCUUUAGUGUUGCCAGAUUCAUGUUGUGGAACCUGUAAACUAGAGGUGAAAGCAAAUAAUAGCCUAAUUUCAGCAGACAGUGUUGGCUAUUUAAACUCCCAGGCCAACGAUAAGUGGCUGACUUCAGUUGCUAAGGCUGACAUGACACUAACACCUUUAGUUUUGGAACUACGUGAAAAGGGUGUAGAAUCUAAAGACAAAAUUGAAGCUGUGUGUUGUCUGACAGAAUUCCAAAAUAGUGUUGUAGCCAGCAGUACAUUGAAUAUGAAAAUGGAGAAUAGUAGUAUAGUUCAACCAUCAGUUUUGGAGUUAUAUGAAAUGAGAAUGAACUCUGAUAAAAAAACUGAAGUUGUGUCAUUUCCAAAAGGUGUUGUAAACGAUAAGAAUGGCAGAUGGAAUGCAAUAAUGACAAACGAUGCUUGUUUACAACCUACUCCAGUUUUGGAGUCUCGUGAAGUGGAGGUGGAAUUAGGAGAGAAAGCUGACUCUACAUGUCUGACCGACAUUACAAAUAAUUUAGAUGCUUGUAAGUUGAAUUUGGAGUUGCGUGAAUUAAAAAUGAAAUCAGAAGAGAACAAUAGAGCUACACUGUGUCUAACAAGCUUUACCAAUGACUUGAAUGGUGAAUACAGGUUGAAUGCAAUAAUAGCUGAUGAUGUGCCAAAGCCUUUGUCCAUAUUGGAAUCAUUUGAUGAAAAGCUGAAACCAAACGAUGACCAUGAUUAUUCGUGCAAAAUUGUUGCUACAAGUAAAACUGAUUAUGAUUUUAGGCUGAAUGCAGUAGUAGUUGAUGAUGGUAUGGUAGAGUUUCCUUCAGCUUUGGACUUUUACGAAACAGAGCAGAAUGAUCAUACAGCUUAUCACAGAAACAUCAGAAAUAACGAUAAUGAUGAGCAUGUACGAAAUGUAGUUGCUGAAGACUCAUUCCAUCUGUCUUCUCCAGUUUCAAAGCCUCGUAAAACCGAAAUGAAAAGAAAAGAGGGUAGGUCUUGUAAACGUUUUUCAGCUGAUCCGGGCAACAUUGAGAACUUUAAUGCAAGCGAUAAUUUCCUCUGCUCAGUUUUCAAAAAUUUAGGUUCUGGCAUAGAUAAAUCAGACAUUGAGCUAACCAAACACUUAAUGCAAGGGCUGUGUUUCUUAACGCCUGUCAGAGACAUUCUGAAAUCCCACAGACUACUGAGCCCACGUACCGCUAAUCAUGCAGACAUCUCUGGAAACAGUCUCUUCAGUGGCUUUGAUGAGGUUGAGUGUUCUACUGGAGGUUCGAAGCAUUGUGCUACAGGCAUGGGAGCGAUCAAGGUGGGAGACCAUUUAUUUGAAGAGCACUGUGGUCACUUUUCUGUUGGUAGUGCACACACAGCAUGUAAGAACAACGUAGAUGUGAGCUCGGGGAAGAAGUGUAUACGUUUUGGCAGCGUCACCAUUUACUAUUUCCCACGAGCUCAAGGAUUCACAGCAAUUUCAUCUGACGGGGGCGUGGCGCUGGGGAUGGAGGCCCACCACUGCGACGUUAAGCUGCUCUCGUCGUCGGACUACGCCGUGCAGAAGGAUCAGCAGCUUCUUCGAGGCUCCCAUCGGAAACACAAGAAGAAACGCUUGUCGAGUACCCCUGGUGUUGACUACGAGAGCCACCGGGCGGUACAGACGUUGUCGUCGCACAAGCGCACAUCGUUGCUCCGCGCGGCCGGCAUCCGCCAAGUGGACUACUGCGCGAUCCAAGAGGCGGUGAUGAUCAACGCCUCGCGCCUCAUGUGCGGUUGUUUCUGCACAGACGGCUGCGUGCCCGAUGUAUGCUUCUGUGCCCGCAUGGAGAUAGAAUGCCUUAUUGACCGUGAGGGCUUCCCCUGCAAGUGCUCGGCCGACAGCUGCGGCAACCCACACGGCCGCACCACGUUCAGCCCCGCCGAGGUGCACUCGCACUUCGUGGCCACGCUGGCGCGGCUGCACGCGGGAGACACGCCCCUCCCGGGUGUCCCCUCCGAGGAGCCUCCGCCCGCCGCGGAGCUCCCUCGCCGGUAGUGGGCCAGUCGGCCGAUCCUUGUGACGGGGCGGCGGGAAGCAUUUGUGCGAGCAUCCAAAGCCUUCAAGGGUUUGUAGUGUUUUUUUGUUUUUUUUAGGUGUGAUUCGUGCUGUGAGAUUACAAGGUUCAUGAAACAGCUUGGCUGUGAAUUGUUUUGUACUAAUGAUUUUUUUUUUUUUUUUACUUAGCAGAUAAUUGGAUUUUUGAAAUUUUUUUUUUAAGGAUUGUGGUGUUUAUAAAAAAAAAUUAUUGCAAAUUAUUCAAUUUAAUAAAUGUAUAGCCACGACGGCACCAUUAUUCAUAUGCCUAAAAUUGUAUAGCCGUAUAAAGUUUUGUGUGAGGACCCCCUGUUUUAUUCCGUUUGAAAUUUGUACUUUGUUUCAAAUUUAAAUUUUUUCUUGUGAAAUAAAUAGAAAAUACCUAUAUAUACACACACAGAAA